UCGGUUUUGCUACACGCGCGCGUUCAGCUGAACUCUGUGUGAUCGCCGCUACGGGUUCAGGUGACUGACGUUGGGUUGUUGUUUUUGUUGUUGUUGUGAACUAACCUGCCCGCGGGGUUACGAAACUGCAACACCGUGGAUGCAUUUUUUGUUCGAUUUUGGCCGGAAAUUCCCCUUUGCCGGAAUUGUUCCCGACACUUGUGACGAUUUACCGAUUUGAAACAAAACAGUGACGUUGGAUAAUGGUGGCCGUGACGAAAUCAGCUGCAUUCUGAGUGGGAAGAAAGUGUUACAUUGUAUGUCGUGUAGAGUUCACUUGGAAAAUUCGACCAUAAAAUAUCGCCGACUUCAGUGAUUGAUUGUGUGUUUGACAUUGAGUCAGAUCUUCGAGAUUAUUGUGUGUCUAUCGGGGAGCUCGACCGCAAAAAGUGUUAAAAUUAAUCAUUUCACAUUAGAAACAACGAAAAAAAAAGUUUCAACGGAGCUUCAUUAAUCAACAAUAUAAUAAAGAGUUGUGAGAACACGCGUGAUUUGCUCGCUGCAGCCAGCGAUCGCAGACAAUCGUGCGGAGGGAGUAAAAGAAGUGAAUUAAAAAACGCAAGAAAAAACGGGCAGAAAUUGAAAAUCCCGAGCUCGAUCUUACCCAUCAUGCCCGCAGAGAUCCGCUGCCGGAUGGGAGAAUGCGAAGGAACGAUUUAAAAUUUCAAAUCAGAACUCGUUUUUGAAACUAAUAUUUACUCUAUAGUCAAUCCGUGAACCAACCCUUGUUCGAGCUGUUGGGGUUUUUAGAGUAAGCAGUAAAGUGUGAAGAAAUAAAACUGCCAACGGGUGGAGCGUUUUGAGUGAUUUGAGGUGAUCUCUGCUAGUGACAGGUUCGGAGGAGUAGUGCGAAAAGUGAGGGCAGAAAAACCCCCGUUGCUAAUUAGUGCUGUACCGUACGUACCCAAGCCCUAUUUGUAGACCUCUAGUAAGUGAGGGAGAGAGUGAGCGGGUGCGCGUGUGUGUGUGUGCCCGCACUGAGAAAACCUGCGACCGACUGAAGCAGGUUCAGCUCGGUUGCCCGGUUCGUUCGUUCGCGACAAUGGCAGUGUCCUGCCCGGAAGUUAUGUACGGAGCAUACUACCCUUACCUGUACGGCCGCGCCGGACCAAGUCGACCAUUUUAUCAGUAUGAACGGUUCAAUCAGGAUCUAUACUCGUCCACGGGGGUCCCACUGGCAGCAUCCUCCAGCACAUCCGCCGGUUCCCACUCGCCCUGCAGCCCGCUGCUUCCGCCUUCGUUAUCGUCUAACGUAGCGGCGGCUGCCGUGGCUCAGACCUCAACGCUAUCCUCCUCCACCUCGAAUACCACCAUACCAACGAUACCACUGGGCGCACUUCAGAGGCACAUUACCAAAGAGGAAGACAUCAGCACCGCUCGAAGUGACACAGAAGGAACCAUCCCGGGUGCCCACAACGACAGCUCCUGUUCGUCCGGUCCGGACUCGCCAAAUAACCUCCAUCAGGACGCGAGCGGGGCCGCUGGUGCGAGAGGGGGUGACGGUAGCAGUGGCAGUGGCGAAACCUCGGGCGGUGGCCGAGCGCAAUACGUGUCCGCAACCUGUGUGGUGUUCACCCAUUAUUCUGGCGAUUCGGCCAGUGUGGUGGACGAACACUUUUCCAGGGCGUUAAAUUUUAGCGAUAAAAAUAAUAAAGAAGGUUACAGUUCCAUGUCGAGUAGGAAUUUUCCUCCCUCCUUCUGGAAUAGUAACUAUGUUCCUCCCACUCCUGCGCCUACACACCACCAGGUUUCCGACCUCUACACGACCGACGGAGGCUACUCAACGGAUCCGUGGCAUGCGGCCCACUACGGUUCGUAUGCCCACGCUGCCCACGCACAUGCUGCCCAUGCGCACGCCUACCACCAUAAUAUGGCGCAAUAUGGCAGCUUACUGAGGUUACCCCAGCAGUACGGACACACGUCCAGGUUACAUCACGACCAGCAGACGGCACACGCGUUGGAGAGUGCCGCCGCGUACUCUAGUUAUCCUACAAUGGCAGGUCUCGAAGCACAAGUCCAGGAAUCGUCGAAGGAUCUUUAUUGGUUUUAGGUAGCUAGUGGAAUUUCUCGGGAGUCUAGUAAAACAGAACAAACGAUCAAAAUUUGAUUAUGGGUACAAAAUUGGAGGAGACAAAAGUGCGUCGGAGCGUUUCUCCGUCUCGGAAAGGAAACACGGGAAGGGCAGGAAUGCUCCGCAAUGCGGCUGAAAUUGUGAAAAUCAAAAAAGACAAACUAUGAAUCUAGCACUUGAAAGUGAUUUUAGUGAUAUAUAAUCUAAUUUUUAAACCGUGCACUCGAUUUGCGCUAUCAUUAUUACCUAAGGCAUGCGAACAUCGACACGAGCGGAACAACGAAGAGUCUGAUGUGGACCGGAGAUCGGCGAAUGCGGCAAAAUGUUCUUUUCUCCCAGUUUAAUGCAUAGCUUUUUUCCGCAAAUGUAACAUACAACCUAGUAAUCGAACUAUCUUGAACAGACUGGGUUAAGGUUUUUCGAAAGUAUCCAUUGUAAAUUGUAUUUAAGAUAAAUGAAAUAGAAAGCGUCUGAUUAUUGUUUCCUUUUUUCCGUUACGAUAUGUACCAAGCUAGAAGCGUUUAGAAGACAUAAUAAAACACAAUAAACUUACGUUACAAAACGUCACAGAAAAAUAGAAGAGAGAAAAGAGCAGGAACAAAAUCAAGGUUAUGUGCAUAUAUUAAAUUUAAAACUAUUAUAGCAUGGAAGACCCGAACUGGAAUUUAAGCUAAUUUAAAUCGAAUUAAGUGAGCGAAUUACUGUGCUACGAAUGGUUCUUGUAGUUAUUUUAUGGCAAUAAUUACUGACGAUGGAAUAUUGUGAAUCUUAGCAUUAUAUGCGAAUUCAAGUCCUUAUAAAGUGGAAAUAC